AAAAUAAAAAAUAAAACAACAAAAUCCCACUUACAAAAGUCAACUCCUCUCUCUCUCUCUCUCUCUCUCUCUCUUCCUCUUCCUCUUCCUCUUCUUCUUCUUCUCCCAGUCCACUCAUCGCAUCAAUUCAGACAUGAGAAUUCCCAGUUCAUAAGGACUUCGAGAGAGAGAGAGAGAAAGCUCCCAGAAACAAAAAAAAGAAAACUUGGUAUUAUGGGAAACGGCAUAACAAAGCAUCUGGGCCUGGCCAACUGCUGCUCCAAGGCCGUCGGGGAGAUCUCCCGCCGCCACCCUGAUGUCAUCUUGAUCCCGCCCCCCAACGGUUUUGGCCUCGGCCUCGGCCACGGCCAUUCCUUCUGCUAUAUCCGCUCCGACCAUCAGCCCCGGCUUGUGGAGCCCUCCUCCUCCUCCUCCUUGUCUUCCUCUGCUCAGAUGUCCACCACGACGUUCAGCUCCAUCUCCGGCGCCUCCAUCAGCGCCAACACCUCCACUCCCCUCUCCACCUCCCUCACCGACUCCUACAGCUCCUAUAGUGCCGCCUUCGAUAAGGCCCCCUCUGCUUUCGAGAGCUCCAGCAUGUUCUUCUCCGUCCCUCUUGAACCUGUACCCCGCAAUUCCGGCUCCAGCUCGAGCCCUGGCGAGCGUGGGUUCAUCUCAGGACCGAUUGAGCGGGUUAUCUACUCGGGUUCUAUUGACAGGCCUGUGCCCGAUCAGGUAAUGCUCGACAGGAGCCUCUCCCAUGGAGUCUAUGAGGUCAUGACCCCACAGAGGCGGAAGAGGCGGAACCUCGCCAGGUUCUUCCGGAGGGCGAUCCGGAGGACUUUAGCCCGUGGUGGGAGUAGAGAACCAGGCCCUGGCAAGAAGAGUGAAUCCCGGGAUGGAGGCUUCGAAAGCGGGGAAUUUCCGGUGGGUUCUGUUCAGGUUGCUGAUGGCCUCCAAUGGGCGCAGGGGAGAGCAGGGGAGGACAGGAUGCACGUCGUGAUCUCGGAGGACAGCAGUUGGGUCUUCGUGGGGAUCUAUGACGGGUUCAACGGGCCCGAUGCUCCAGAUUUCUUGAUCUCUAACCUCUAUUCAACUGUCCACGAGGAGCUCAAGGGGCUACUGGGGAACAAUCAACCCAUGGAAGGAGGACGUGAUGGUGAUCGCGGGGUCGAUCAUUUGGGUGUUCUCAAGGCGCUUUCGAUGGCCCUUAGGAAGACCGAGGAGGCCUUCCUAGAGGCGGCCGAUCAGAUGGUGACGAAGAAUCCCGAAUUGGCUCUGAUGGGAUCUUGUGUCCUGGUGAUGCUGAUGAAGGGUGAAGAUGUUUACCUGAUGAACGUUGGGGACAGUCGAGCAAUCUUAGCCCGGAAACCCGAGCCUGAGCCUGACACUGGCCCGAUUUAUGGUGAUGAAGACGACUUCGAUGUGUUGCCGACUCUAACUUCCCUCCAACUCACCAGAGAUCACAGCACAUAUAUCAGAGAGGAGGUUCAGAGGAUUAGGAAGGCACACCCAAACGAUGCUUCAGCGGUAGUCAAUGAUCGGGUGAAGGGUUACUUGAAGGUCACUCGUGCUUUCGGCGCCGGCUUUCUAAAACAGCCAAAAUGGAAUGAUGCACUUCUAGAGAUGUUCCGGAUCAAUUACAUAGGGACCUCGCCGUACAUCACCUGCUUCCCGUCCCUGUGCCACCGUCGGCUCAGCCCUGCUGACAAGUUCUUGAUCCUUUCGUCAGAUGGACUAAACCAAUACUUCACCAACCAGGAAGCCGUCUCAGCAGUUGAGUCGUUCCUAGACUCAUUUCCAGAGGGCGAUCCGGCACAGCAUCUCAUCGAGGCAGUUCUCUUCCGAGCAGCGAAGAAGGCUGGUAUAGACUUCCACGAGCUGCUCGAUAUCCCUCAAGGCGACCGGAGAAGGUACCACGACGAUGUAUCAGUCAUCAUAAUUUCAUUCGAGGGGCGAAUAUGGCGAUCUUCGGUGUGAUUGUGUAAAUGUGGUUGAUUGUGGAAAGUAAAUACAAGGCACAAAAAAAAAAAGGAAAAAAAAAGUAUGCCCUUUUUUUAACUCUUCAAAUUCAAUUUUGCUUAAGUAUCUGUUAGGAUUUCACGGGUUAUUCCGGUAAUUUUCAGGUAUUGAUUUUUGUAUCGGAUAUCUUAGCGCAUAAUGUCAAAUGCUCAUAUUCCUCUCUAGGAAAUUCCUUUA